AAUCGCUGCGUUUGCGCAGUAGUGACUUGGGAACAUCGAAUGCCAGUGCUGUGAAAGUGCCUUUAUACUGUGACGCCACGAAAAUGAAGUUGUUCUUCCUCUUCGUGGUACUGAUCUACAGUAACAUAUCGCAAGGAGCUGUAGACGUAGAAAAAACGGUGAAACAGGUUGAGAAUAUAUUAAAAACCAAUUCUCUACUACCAAGACUAACACGAGAUGAAAUAUUACAACUAUUAAACGAUUUAAGAGAUGAAGAUGCGAAAAAUACUAUACCACUAAGUAAAAUGGAAAACGAAGAAAGCAAAAAUCAAGAAAGUACAACAACACAGACUCAGUUGUUAAAUAUAAAAACAACUUUGCAACCAACAGAAGUAACAAGUACUGUUGAAAGUACAACAAAAAGUGGUAGCACAAAACUAGCAGUAGUCCUCCCGUAUACUCCUCGAGAUGGAUCAUCGUUACAAGAAUUAUAUACAAGACCACCUCGUGUUGAAAUUGUACCUGAAUCUAAGGUAACAAAGAGACCAUCAACUACGCCAAAGUCUAAAGAAAACGCAAAGUCGAAUAACAAUAUGAACGAAAUCUUCAAACAAGAUUUUCCAGCUGAGUUACAAGCAUUUCUAAAUGCGCAUGGUUUGGAAGGUAAACCAGGUCAGGAUAAUUUUUUGUUACCCCUAGAUGGUUUUAAGCCUUUACCACCUCCGGCAAAGGUCGUGGAUGGAUCUAUUGAAUUACCUGAAAGUAUAUUACUAGCUUACGACUUGAUAUCACCUUCAGAUAGUAAAUCAACUUCAGCUAAAACUAAUGUUGGUUCUCAAACCAAUUUUUUAUAUGACCCUUUACCACCGCAAUAUCCAUUUGAAUUAGAUACAUCAUCAUCUGAAAAUAAAGAAACGAUAUUUCCUUAUGAUAUGCCAAAACCGAGAAAACCGAAAGCAGUCACCUCAACUCCGAACUACGAACCCAUAGAUUACGAUUCAGUAAAAGUUAUACCACUAAACAAGGGACCAAGUCCGAUAGACGAUGAAAAAAUCAUUUUCAAUUUAGAACAAAAUAAAAGGCAGACUAAUGAAAGUACGAAUAAGGAAGACUUUACUAAUGAUACGAUAACUACAGAAGUGCCGACUACUGUAGCAAGUGAGCUUAAAGAUGCAGUACCCGCGGCAGAUAAUGACCAGGGUGCAUCGAUUGCUGAUCUUGAAGAUUCUUUUGGAGGUGCAGCACCUGAGGUACCUGGCGAUUCCGUACUACCGCCACCAAGAAAAAAUGGAUUUUAUUGGAUGUUAGAUUGGAACAGUUUUCUUGAAGUAGGCGAUGGUGAUUCAAAAGUCAACAUUCGUUUUGAACCAAAAUUAGGAGAUCCACAAAUGUUUUUACCAGUAAAUGUUCCUUAAUAUGUUAGAACUUCUGAGUAGUUGUCUAGUCUGAUCUGGUUUAAGUAAUUCCACGGCUUUCUCUAGACUAUUUUAUAUUCUACUCCAAAGGUAACUGCCAUAUUAAUUGACAUGAAAUAGAAAUGUACUUCAAAUAAUCUGCAAUUUAAUUUUAAUGAAAAUGAUAAAAUCUUUACAACAAACAGCAAAAUAAUCCUUGUAUAUAAAAACAAAUUAGA